AGCGCUUUUAGGAAUGGGUCCCAAACCUAUUUAGUUAGACAGCAGAGUUCCCCAAGAAGAGCUGGAAACACCUGAUGGUCUCUGUGGGACAAUCCGCUCCAUAUCACUCACCUCUUUACUGUCGGAAGAUCAAUCUACCUCCAGGCUUCAUUUUUGUCGACUUUUUGUUUUGUUUCUUCUUCUGAAUAGUAACAGAGCCAGCUGAUCACUCUUUUCUCUCCCUUCAGCCAAAGAAAUAUCGAUAAGGAGACAUUGCACUAUUCUUCUUUUAGUUGUUAAUAUUUAUUGUAUUUUGCACUAACGAUGCACACCACGCAAAAGGACACGACCUACACGAAGAUUUUUGUAGGGGGGCUUCCCUACCACACCACGGAUUCAAGUCUCAGGAAAUAUUUUGAGGUUUUUGGAGAGAUUGAAGAAGCGGUUGUCAUUACCGACAGGCAGACCGGAAAGUCCAGGGGUUAUGGAUUUGUAAGUAGCGCUUGGUUACACAUCUGUCACUUUUACGCAGAUUGCAGCACAAACUUUUUACGCAUGAGGAUAAAGUGUCCUUCACGAUGCUUUCUACCACAGCAUCAUGAAAAAACAUGAAUACAUCACUUUUCAUCAGGUGUUUGAGAGUUGAUAUGUCAGUCCUGCCUAAAUUUGUCGCCGGUCUAUGUUGCAAACUCGCACUCGGGGACUUGUUGCGCUCCGGUAUGCGCCCUGACACGUUCAGAAAGUUGGCUGACAGCUGCGGUGGGUUUGGGAAAAAGCGCACGAUGAUGUCUCGAUAUUACAGGACAGCUUUCUCGAGCGGUUUCAUCAUCUCUUAGAGAUGUUUACAACUACUGUCGUGUCAGUUAGGGAAACAUUUCACCCCCACUUGUCAUAAACCUUCGUACGCAGAUGUGAAUUGAUACACUCCGUCACCUUCGUAGAAAACUGACGAACAACAGAUCGACAUUUACACGAGCAAGACUGCUUUACGACGAUUUAACAUCAACCUGCAGAUCUAAAGAAAUGCAGGCCUUGGAUAUGUAGACCUCCUUAAUACCUAAAUAAGGCCAUGAGGGUGUUUUACUGUCAGAUGCUGUCAGUUUCUCCAGAUUGUUCACCAAACACCUCUAACCUACAGAUCUGGAUUUUUUUGUCAGUUUUAACACUUUUAAUCUUUUCUGUAACUACUUCUCCUGUAACCCUGGUCAGGUUUUGGGUCGCCUGUUGCCUCCCAAUGUUACCCAAUAUGACAAUUAAGAUUUAGUAUAAUUUAAGUUGUGAUAAAUCUAAUGUCUUGCAUACCACGUUUGUCCACUUAGGCGCAAAUAUCCAAGAAGUACUUAGUUACCCCUAGUUUUCCUUGGACAAGUCAAACUUGGGUAAGGUUUGGGUCAAGUGGUACAGCAACAACAGAUUCAUUUUUUGAACCCUGAGUGUUGAAAGUUUGGUUGUCCCAGAGUGAGUGACUGAAGAGUCCUGUUCUGCCAGUCAUCCCAGGCUGGCUCCAGUUUAAUGCAGAUAGUUUCGUCACUGCAUCAUGAGGAUGAUGGAUCUAUGUGUGCUGCCAAAUACUUGUCACACACACAGAUCUGACAUACAUACACAGGUCUGUGCAGGGAAACUUGCUUCUUGUUCUUUCUCAUCUCUUUACAGUGUUAUGUUGUUCUCUACAUUUGUUGUCGAAUGUAUAAAAACGACAAUCUGGGACAGGUGGGAAUGAGAGCUUAUAACCUUUUGGCAGCAGUUGGCAGCUAUCCAUUAAAGAGACUAAAAUUCCCAGUGAUGCCUCUUUAUUGCGUAUAAAAGCAAACUAGAUUAUUAGCUGAAAGUCUGACCACAUCUGUGUUAAUUUUAAAGAAUGUAGAUGUCAGAUGAGGCAUUUCAUGGUACAGUAAAAAAACAACAUUUCCUCAUCCAUUGCAAAUAUUCUUGUUGAGUCAAUGAGGAACAAAAGCAGGGUAUUUUGCCAGAAAACCCAUUCGACACAUGUUCAGGAUAAUAUUUGCAAGCAUAUAACAGGUGUCACUUUGUCCACAGGGGGCGUCAAAGUCAACACAAACAAAAAGUUCCUCACAGGAGCUUGAAACAGAUCUUUCUCACGUUGAGUUUCUUCUUCCUCAUCGUGUCAGGUGACGAUGGCUGACCGCUCAGCCGCCGACCGGGCCUGCAAGGACCCAAACCCAAUCAUCGACGGCAGGAAGGCAAAUGUCAACCUAGCCUACCUUGGGGCGAAGCCUCGGGUGAUGCAGCCAGGUAAGGAGAUGAUCAAUACAAAGAAAAAAAUAUGUGUUUUUAUCUUCUCAGCUUCUUAUCAAAUAAGCUUCUUGAUAAUAUUCAAAGUUACACUGGGAGCAAGAGUCCUUGUUCCCAGGGUAACUUUGGGAGUGUGAGCCAGUUUGAUCAACACAGCAGCAAACAAGAAAAUCAAGUCAGUCCUUACUUAUUUUCACCUCAGGGUCUUUGUGGUUUUUCAAUAGUUGGAACAGUGUAAGAACACGUUUUUGGGAUAAUGCAAAUGCUCAGCUCAGAGAUGUAUUAUAAAAAUUAUAUACUUUCAUAUGGUCUGAAUUUACAUGUUUUCCCUUGCCCUUUAAUUGUUCUGCAGGUUUUACUUUCGGCGUUCCUCAAAUCCACCCUGCGUUCAUCCAAAGGCCUUAUGGGUAAGUACAAAUGAAUCUCAGACAAAAUGUGUUUGUAGACAAAUGUUGGGAUGUAACUCUCGUUUAUGUAAGUUUUGAUUGUAUUUUUUUACACUCUAAAUGGGUGUUAAGUAACACUUUAAUUCUUUUACCCCUUUUUUCUCCCAAAUUAAUGAUGGAUGGUUCAUAAUUAGAGCUGGACACUGAGUUGUAUGUAGCUUUGUCAUCACUGUUCACCAAACAGCCAGGCAAACUGCCUUUACAAGGUUUGCCUGUUUGUAAAAAUGUGUGUGAGUGUGUGUACAUACGUUGUGUGUGUGUGUGUGUGUGUGUGUGUGUGUGUGUGUGUGUGUGUGUGUGUGUGUGUGUGUGUGUGUGUGUGCUGAGUGGACAAUAAUGGAAACUUCCAGCCUGACUGAAUGUUAUCUAUCUUUCUCUGGUCCGACAGGCUCACUCUCGGUUAAGCUAAAUCUGCUGGUUUGUGGAAUAGUUCUGCGAGCGUAAUCACAGAUCAGAAAAAGGAAUAACCUGUAGAGUCAAACACACACAAACAAGCUCUGAAAAUGGUGAUUAUAGAUGCAUGUACGUGGGUUUUGUCCUUCUUUUUACUAUAUUUGAAUAGAACUUAGAGCUUUGUGUGCAGUUAUGAAGUGGUGUUGUUAGCUAAACCGUGUGCUUUCUCACUUUAAUGAUAAAAAAAAAAAGCUGGAUUGAUUGAAUUUUUGGGGUGUACUUUUUUCUUUUUUUGUGGAGGUGUGUUAACUUUGCCAUGGAUGAGCAAAGUUUUUUCUUUUUUUUGGCUUUUAGCUUGUGUUUUUUUUUCCUUGUUAAUCAGGAUGUAGUGUGUCAUGUGUCUUGGAGUGAGUGGUGAAUUUUCUGUGUGAUUUUUUUUUUUCUGAAAUCACCUCAGUAAUCUCAUUCCUCACAUUAUUCUCUCUAAAUAACAAAUCCAAACACUGCUUUUGUGUGCUGAGAGCAUAUUCCUAGUGUUACUUGCAUUUUUUCUUUACAUUAACACAACCUAGGAUCGGCAAAUUCAAGUGUGUCUUCUUCCAAAUGACCUCUGGCUCUCUUUGUCACUAAAUCAUGACUAUCCUGUCUCUCCUCGCUCCUCUCUUCUACAGAUGUGAAUGUGGGAGUCUCAUGAAUGAAUGACAUGCUUAUUAGUUAUUAUGCAAGCUCUAGCAACAAGAAUAUGUGUAUAUAAGUGUGUUGCAUUGUUACAUGCAAAUCUGUGCUCUAACUGUGUGUGUGUAUGUGUGUGUGUGUCUUUGUCUGCAGUGUGAUACAAACAAAUGUCUGGAUGUCUCUCCCUCACUCUUUCUCAUUCUCUUGGAGCGAGCUUUCGUCACAUGGGCCUGUGGUGUUAAGGAAAACAAGCGCACCCAUUGUGCCACACAAAGCCCCGAAUGCUGACACUGCAGUCGCAUGAAGCUCUGUGUUGUGUGUGUGUGUGUGGUGGUGUGUGGUUUGUGUGUGUGUGUGUUGGAGGGGGGGUCUGGUGACAGCAUGGUAGUGUCUCUAUCUGUCAUGUAAGCAGAGCAAGGGCCAUUUAAACAGGGUCAGACUGGCUGUUUUAGAGGCCUCGUAAGCACAAAUUGUUUCCAUGGUCUAUGGGUUGAUUUCUAGUGAAGUGCUAUAUGUAGAACAAUAUCAUAAUUGGAUGGCACCGGCUGCCCGCCCACAAUAGGUUUAUUUAUACUCAUGAAAACUCAGUUUGAAUCUCUAAACAUUUUUAACUGAGAAAAACUUUUCUAUGAGUAAGAACAGUAAGGGCCUGUGUCCACAAGAGGCAUUUUUUACGCUGGUAGCACCUAUUUUUAUCCUGAGAGCAAAAUCAGAAUUGGUUAAACUUGUUUUUAUUGCUAAGUUAUCAGCAUUCUCAUUUAAAAAAUAGUUGAAAUUUCAACAGUGUAACUUCUCCCUUCCCAACCAAUCAAAACCAAGAUCAUAAAGGGGCGGGACUUCUGAUAUAAACUUUGUCUGUGUCCGAAAUGGAUCUCUAAUGCCUAUAUAAGCGACUACAUGGGGGUUAGCGCCAUUUUGAGGGUUGUCCAAAACCUCAGUGAUUAAUUCCAAUUCCGAUGGUCACUUACCGGUAUUGGGCAUCCCGUCAUGCAUUGCGUCUUGCCAUGUAGUGUCCAAAACCUCCGGUAAUUGAGCUCACUACAUAGUCAGCUAUAUAGUAAAACCCCAUAUGGGGGUUAGGGGUUAGGGAUUGAGUGAUUCAUUUCGGACACAGCCAAAGUCAACAGAGUUGUCAGAGGAGGAGUGACAAACCUGACUUAUUUCGUCGAUGGUACAGCUUCCAGAUGUCGAGUUGCUGGCAAAUGUUAGCAUGGGACUCUGUUCUGUUGUUUUAAAACUUUCUUUGUAAGUAAAUACAAUUAAUAGAAACAAAUGUUAGGCAUACAGUAUAUUUUAUUUCAGACAUUAUGGUCACUACUGAUUUAAGAGGCAAUGAAGUGGGACAACUAUUGCACCCAAGUUGGCCUAACAAUAAAUACUCUUAAAGAGAGGUUGUGGGCAGUACCUGCACAAAAACUGCUGUUAGUGGGAACAGGCCCUAAGAUAUUGUUUCAUUUAAUUUGAUAGAAGACAAUUGUUGGGCACCCGUGCUCUUCUCGUACACUUAAUACACUUAGAGGCACCUUAAAGUCCUCACAGUGCUCAGAAACUCAAACAACCAUGAAAAGAUCAUCAGAAAAAGUUUUUGUCCCAAGAUAAAUUCCAAUUUGUUCUGCACCUACAAUAAUCCUUAAACUCUGAAGUCUGUUGACUGCAGAGUUGUUCACAACUAAGACAGUCACUCACUUAAAGGCACAUAGGACUAGUUGUCACUGCACUGGACUGUAGUGUGGAUAAUACCAGCAUAGAUCAUAAAACAGCCUCAUCGCUACAGUGAUAUUUUUAAUCCUCCCUUUUUAUGAGUUCCUCGAGGAAAACAAGAGUAACUUUACAGAAAAAGACUCAGACAGACUUUAGCUUCCCAUAACCAGAACCUCUGCUCGAGAUGUUUGUAAGGGUACGUUGGUAUGUGAUUGCAUAUGUGCUGCAGUCAACCCAAACUGUGAAAAAGAGAUUACUCUUUAAAAGCAGUAAAGAAGUUAGGUGCACGGUAAAUCCGAGAUAGCAUCUAGAGGAACCCAAACACUGAACUGUUUUUAGUGAUUUUUUAAUUGUAAGUUUUGAAAAAAAUAAAAAUAAACAAGCUAAAUUUUUUUUUUUUUUUUUUUACUGCGGAGAGACUUCCCUUAUUUUCACACUUUUGUGAAAAUUGUGCACCAGACAGUUGUCCAGUAAAAGAAGUUGCACAGCUCUUCAAUCAAUAAACCAAUGAAUACUAUCAGGUUACAGGUAUUACAUACAAUACAAAUAUUUCCUGUAACUGUUUUACAAUAUCUCUCUAAACAAACAAACAAACAAAAAUCAUUUCCUGAUAUGAAUAAAAACAUUCAUGAUACUGAGACAUAAUUCUUUGAGGUAUGUCAUUUUACUGAUCAAAUGGCAGAGAGAUAUGAUCCAAUACCUGCACUGUUUCUAGCAUUUCCCUUUAGGGUCAGAUAAGUACUUGUGGUACCCCUAUAGGAGGGUGCAAGAAAAGUAGGUCUGCAUAGAUCCAUUAUUUGGGUGCCUUUCAAAAUAAUUGUGAAACAUGCUGUACCAUACUGUAUCAGACCACUUAUCAGAGGAAAGGCAGCUUAAGACUGAAGUCUCUGCACAUGGGGGCACAUUUCUAUCACAUGAGCUAAACUGGCGCCUUGUUCAUUAUUGAACUAUUUGACUUUUCAAAUGUUCUUUAACAGCUGCUGAUACAUAAAGAAAAUAAGAGUACCUAAGGCUUAGCAUGUUAGAAUUGAGUCUAGCCCAAUCGACAAUGUGCUAAUGGGUCAGAUAGUUGCUGAUCAGUUCGUCAGAGAGAGAAAGUAAUGCAGCAGAUUACUUAUAGAUGUGUGAACUGCAAACCUUAAACACAGGAAGACGACAUGAUCACAAAUAAAUAUUUCGAUUCAUUUUACUGGCCUUCUAUCUAACCUGUGUGCGUGUUUGUGCGUGUUUGUGUAUGUGUGUGUAUAAUGUACAUAUGAAGACUGCCUUUGCACCCCCCAAGAAAUCUUCAUCUCCACACAGUAACACAGUUAAUACCUUGCAGUUUCCUUUUUUCUUUUACUUCCUCUCGGUUGAGUGAAUGUGCUGUGGCCUUGUUGUUGUUUCUGUAGUCAGUCUGGUCAAGGUGGACUACUCUUCACAUAUUUCUUCCUCACUGACGCCUUGCUGUUGUUUUGUUUUUUUCCUGUUUUUCUCCUAGUGCACUGUUUUUGGGUUGAUAUGUGGGUUGGAUUGGAUAAUUGAGUGCCGAUAAUAGGGUUGCCACGAUAGAUCCCGCCUCACAUCUUUUACAACUACAGCACCCAGUCUCUUUUCUCCCAAUCAAGACGCAAAAAAGCGACCACCUGAUGUCCAUUGAAGCAGACUCAACUGAUUAUAUUCGGCUUCUCUUGAUGUUUCUUUCAAGAGAUCAAGGAGCAAACUUUGUUCAAACUCACCCGCAGUCACAUAGUUGUUGCCACUACAAAGAAUCUACGACAUAUAUCAAGUUAUUUCUCGCCUGAUGCUUCUUAUUUGAGUUUAAUUAAACUGAGAUUCAAUUUGACUAAUCUUUCAUCUCUUAAGUGAGGAGAUAGCUGUUUUCCAGGAAAUCAAACACCCAGAUUAACACAGAUAUUUCAGUUUUUUUCUUGUUACUCCCACCUACAUCCAACAGUUCCCCUCAUGCCAGUUGUUUCCUGUUGAGUUUCCAAGCUUUAUUAAGUCUGAGGGCCGGGAUAAAGCUAUGUCAUCGAGUGCAAAAUGUGCUCAUUGUUCAUAACUGUUUAUUUAAUCAAAAUAUCCCUCUGGGUGCUAACCUAGUCCCUACCCCCCUCCCGCCGCUGCCUCCCCAGCUCUUUGUCCCAACAGAGAGGGGGAAAUGGCCAGCAGCGUCCCUUUUUGAAAACUGUCCAGCUGUCAAAGUGGCAGUGACAUUUUCACAAUGCUUCUCUUGGCUCAUCCCCUCUGUCCAUAGCCCUGACCCCCCCACACACUGUAAUCCCCCACCCCCACCCCACCUCUCACUCCCUACCCUGCUGCAGCACCAAAGCCAAAUCCCAAUGUGAUGGACGACGAGUUAAAUACCCGAAACUUUUUCUGCCAUCUCGCUCCCUUUGGGUCAAAAAAAGUUAAACUUCACUUCUCAAUAAAAAACUUGAAAAUGUGUCCCCCCUGUUGUUUCCCAUAGAGUUCCUGACACCACCCCCUCCUCCGUUUGUUAUCGUACUGAUGUGAUUUCUCAGAAGAUUUGAGUUUACUUCUGGGUGUUCAAAGUUUACAACAACUUCAUGUCUUCUUUUCACAGAGAGAUUUCUAUUUUGGCAACCCUAUAUUUUUCUAAUCCCUACUAGCAGGCAUUUCCUGGGUGUUCUUGACUGAUGGAUUGGACUGGGGCUGAAUGGUGGGUGGUGGGCGGGUGCUUAGCCGCAGUGUGAUGGAGUUGGGUUUGGUUUUAUGGUUGGCCCUUUUACUAUCAUCAAACUCAGUUGUCAUAUGUGUUUGUUUCACAGCAUCCCAGCACACUAUGUGUACCCUCAGGCCUUUGUUCAGCCAAGUGUGGUCAUCCCACAUGUGCAACCUGCAGCUGCUGCACCUGCCACUGCCUCCUCUCCUUACAUCGACUACACUGGAGCUGCCUACGCACAAUAUUCUGCCGCAGCCAGCGCUGCAGCCGCUGCAGCUUACGAGCAGUACCCUUAUGCCGCAUCCCCUGCUGCCGCAGGUUACGUGGCUACUGCCGGCUACGGCUAUGCAGUUCAGCAGCCCUUAGCCACCGCAGCCCCAGGCUCAGCUGCUGCUGCAGCCGCAGCAUUUGGUCAGUACCAGCCUCAGCAGCUGCAAGCUGACCGUAUGCAAUAGCAGCGACUGCAACCGUGGACAUACUAAGCGAGGAGGCCCACCCCUGGCCACAGCUGAUUUGUCUCAAGAUGGAGCAACAAACGAAAAGGAAGAAGGAGUGGCCUCGAGGGUGGGCUUGUCAGCGACUCAGAGGCAGAGUUGCUUUGAUGAUGAUGAUGCUGGUGAUGAUGAUGGUGGUGGUAGUGAUAAUGAUGGUGAGAUGGGAACUUUUACAGUAACUUUCCAACUUGCUGUGCUUCAACCAAAAAAAUUAGAAAAUGAAAAAAAGUUGCAGAACAAAUAAUGGAAAGAGAUUUACUAUUAUUACUGUUGUUACUAUAAUUAUAAUUAUUAUCAUUACUAUUAUCAUUGUAGUAGAGUACUUAUUUCUAGAGAAAAUGCAGGAACUAAUCCCUGUGGUUGGUAUAGGUGUUGAACUAAGCCUUUAAGUCCUAUUGCUGUCUUAAUGUUAGUUAAGGAAACUGUUCUCUAUUUUUCAUUUGUGGUUUUCCACAUGUUUAUUUUUUUUCCAGUUAUUAGACACCCUCAAACAUUUAUAUUUAUUAUCACUAUUGUUACAUUGGGGGCUUUUCUUGUCUUUUUUCGUCUUUUCAUAUUUUGGACUUAAUAUUUUCUGAUAAUCAGGGAAAUGGAACCGUUUCCAAAGUGUUAGCUAUUAUAAUGUGACCUCUGUCAGGAAGUCAAGGAGUCGUAACAUGUUGUGUCACACAUAUUCGAAGAACUACCUUUUAUCUUCCUGAUGCUGAAUGUCCCUUUUUUUACUCUGUCGCUCGACCUCUUGACCUAUGCGAAGCAAACAAAUCACCAGGAGACAAAACAACAAAGAAAAAUACAAAAAGACUGAAAAUGUCAUCAACUCUGACUCUAUUCUUGGACUAAAGGGGGACUUUGCAAACACAACAAACGCACUGACAAAAGGGGAGAGGUUGGAAAUGGCUUCAGACAAUGAGAAACACUAAAUCAGUUGCUUUUCCACACGUUUCACUCGCUCACACGUACAGCAACACAUGCAUCCAGAGUUGCACACAUGGCAGUCAAAGACAAAGGCAGUACAGUUGUGUUUCUCUGUGGCUCUCGGAUAGAUAGAAAGAAAACGAGAAAGAAAGACAGAAAGAAAGAGGGAGAGAGAGAGCAGCUGCUGGUGGGGGUGGACAGAGCCGCUCCAGUGCCACACAGACAGAUCACUCUGGAAAGAACGCAUCACUUGUGCUCGUUUGUUGAGCUGUCACAUUUUAAUCCCUGGCCGGGCCCAUUUGGGAACCAACUUCACAGCCCUCCACCCAGCACAGAGCCCCAAAGCAGAGCCCCCACCCUACCGGUCAUUCAGCCCUGCAGCUGUCAGCACUUCCACCUCUGUGCUGCUGUAGUCUGGUGUCAGGUAUACACUCACAAACACACACACAAGCUUUUUUACCAAAGCCACCCCAACAACUGGCCUGCCUCAUGUCUGUCAAGAACACCAGGUGGGGUGGAGAGGACGAGGUUUUGACUCUGUGACGUUUUGUUGGUCUGUGUGCCUUACAUUUUUACUGCUAUUUAAGAAAGAUAACAAAAAAAACAGAAAAAAAGAAAGAAAUAUACUAUUUAAGAUAUUUAUUUUUGAGGGUUGACUAUGUUGACGCUCCAAGAGUAGAGACUUAGUGGCGGUACUGUAUUGAUAAUAUUAUUAUGUACUCAUCUCAAGGCAUAUAUAAGUUAUUGAUUAGUUUUAGUAAUAAUAUUAUUAUGAUUAUUAUUAUUAACAUACUCAACCAAAAUGUUGAUGUAGAACUUAUUUAAGAUACUGUUACGUGCACUGUACUUUAAUUUUUUUUAUCUUCAUGAUUCUUGAGAACAUGACAUUUAAUAUUAGCUCAAUGCCGUUAUACCUUUUUUAGGAAGGAAACUUUAUUUAAAUGCAGGCCUGUUUGCAUGCAGAUUGUACUCUGCCUCCUCUGUGUUUAGAUGAGAGCGAAAAAAAAAUUAUUUUCAAAAACAAGCAAAAAUGCUGCUUUCUCCACUAGAAUGUAUAGUUGUUGUCGAGGUUUCAGUAGCUGUGCUCCUUUUGCUUAAUAUUCAUCAGAUGGGCUAUUUUACACUGUAGGGAAUUUUUAUACUUGAACCAUUUCUUACAAGGGAAAUAUGAAAAAUAAAUGAGAAACAACUUUCUAAGGAAGCUUUUCAUUAUCACUGGAUGAAGGCAUGUAAAGUGUUACCAUUUAAAAUGCAAAGGUUCUGUUGAUAUUGAAACCUUUACUUCAGAAUUUGAACACCAUCUACUCAAAAUUGGAAUAAAAUGUUCAAUAUUUAAAAACAA